UUCAGGGACCAUAUUUUUAAAGUGCACUGUUGGGAAAUUUACUUGUCAGAACUGACUUAAUUUGAGUAAUUGAAUACAUGAAUUUCUUCAUCAUUUGGUAUUAUUAGAAAUAUAGCAAUGUUCAAUAGUACCAAGCCAUUUAUUACAGAAACUAUGAUAAUCCUGUCAGUUCUGAAGAUUUUUCUGGCUUUUUCUAUAGUGCUAGGAAAUGGACUGAUUAUUAUGGCAUUUGUAGUGGACAAAAAUCUUAGACUUCGAAAUAACUUUUUUUUCCUUAAUCUGGCCAUUGCUGAUUUUUUUGUGGGUGCAAUCUGUAUUCCUUUAUAUAUCCCUUAUGAAAUGAAAAAUAAAUGGAUCUUUGGAAGGGAGCUCUGCUUAUUUUGGCUGGUUAUUGACUAUCUUUUGUGUACAGCGUCAGUGUACAGCAUUGUCCUCAUCAGCUAUGACCGGUAUCAAUUAGUCUGCAAUGCUAUAUCAUAUCGAAUUAAACAGACAUCAAUCUCAAGGACAGUCACUUAUAUGGGAGCAGCAUGGGUACUGGCAUUCUUAGUACAUGGUCCAGCAAUCCUAAAUGGAAAGAAAGAGAAGGAUGAUACAGAAUGCAGACACCAACUUAUUUUUUCUGCUAAUUACAUCAUCAUCACUUCCAUCUUGGAGUUCUUGAUCCCAACCAUCCUGGUGACCUAUUUCAAUUGCUGCAUUUAUUGGAACCUACAGAGACGCAGUAGUAGAGUCAAAAACAACUCUAUUCCCAUCCCUAACUCCCCUUCUCCAGUGAAAGGUGACUCAACGACUUGUGCAUUCAUUUCAAAAAUGUGUCUUCCUAAAUUGGAUGAAGAGCUUCCUUCUUCAAUGAAAAAAAUGAGAAAGAAAAGUCUUUUUGCUUCUUUAAAAACCCAAGGAGAGGAUGAAAUGACUUCUGUUGAAUUGUCCUCUUUAUCCCACUCAAAUUCUGUGCCUGUUGACUUCACUGCUCAGCAAUAUAAAUUUCUUAGAGACAGGAAAGUAGCCACAUCCCUUGCUAUUAUUUUGGGGGCUUUUGUUUUUUGCUGGGCUCCCUAUAUUUUGUUUACAAUUAUUCGUUCAAUUUCCCAGAAUGAUGUAGAUGAUCCUUGGUAUACUUUUACAUUUUGGCUUCAAUGGUUUAAUUCCUUUCUCAACCCUUUUCUGUAUCCUUUGUGCCACAAAAGGUUCCGGAAUGCUUUUAUGAAAAUAUUUUGUAAGAAAAAGCUAACUGCUUCAUUACGGUCAUCACUUUCUUCUUAAGUACAAUGCAGGAAAAUCAGUAUUUCACCUACCUUAUGUGAGUUUGUUUCAGCUCACAUUUAUCUCUUGUAUCAUGGCUCUUUCCCUCCCUCUAUCCUCCCCCUUUUCCCAAAGAGGGAAGGGAAAAUCAUCAUCACUUCUGGAUAAUUAUCUGGAAUAACUCUGGAUAAUUUUGGAAAUAAAGGAGAGUGAGAGACAGUAUGGCAUAACCAUCAGGAGAUCUGAUGCUGCUGCUAGUCAUUGAGGUUUCUCUGGAUCCUGGGUUUUUUUAAGUAAAAUGAAGGAUAUGCAUCAUAUGAUCUCUGCUGUUCCUUCUAAAGUUCUGUAGCCUAAUAUUUUUUAAACAAAUCAAAAUGUAUUGUGUCAUCAUUUGAGAGAUGGAAGGAUCUUAAAAGUCAUCUGGUCCAAUGCUUUCAUUUAACAAAUGAGGAAACUGAGGUUCAGAGAGGUGAUGUGUCCCAAGUCAAAUAGCUAAUAAGUGGCAAAGAUAUCUCAUGAAAAUGUAAUGUUUAUAGGGCUAGGCAUACUUUUUAAUAAAUAUGAGGUUUAGCUGAAUGAGCUGAAUGGACUGAAACCCUAGAAUAUGACCUUGGGCAAUGUAUAAUUUAUUUGGGUCUGAAAUUCUCAUCUCAAAAAUGAUAAGGGGACAAAACCAAGUGAUAUGUUUUGGAUUCCUUCUUUUAUGUUUGUCUUUUCCUGAUCAAAGAUGAAUGAAUACUUAUCAUGAAAUGGAUGUAUACAAUCUUGGAAACAACCUUGUGAAAUGAAAAGUCCAGAAGUUCCAUGGAGUUAGGGAAGGAGCCACAGGGGAAGAGUCCUUAGGGAUGAAACCCACUGACAAGAAGGAUCCCCAAUAGCUGCACUGGGAAAUUUUUGGACAGAGCAGAACCAAAGUGGUUGUGAUAUGGGAGCUACGUGCCAGUGGCUGCUGGAGGUCUAACUCAGACCUGUAGAAUGAAUCUCUUCAUUUGAGAGGAUGAUGAUGAU